AUGGCGGUGAAAACCCUUCGUGCGGGGGCGAAGACGACGUCCGGGGCAAUCGUAGCGGCGAUCGCGCGGGCGAUGAUGACGAUGCUGCUGCUGCUGCUGGUCCAGGCUCCCGGUUCCAGGGCCGUCACCGACGCCAUGCUGAAGAUCGCGUGCUCGGACAUGACGCCCAGGCACCCGGGUUACCGGCCGGAAAACACGCAGGGCGCACCUUGCCCUUACCGGCUGACGGUAGACCCGUCCACGCCCGUGGUUCCAGGCAACCUGGUGAACCUCACGCUCACGUCCGUCGGCGUGACCACGCCGUUCAAAGGGUUCAUGGUCCAGGCCCGAGACGACGACGGCCGAGUGGUCGGCACGUUUCUGCCGGAAUGCAGGAACGUGACACAACAUCACAUGAUCAGCUGUUCCAACGGCGACGAACCAUACAACUCAGUGGUUCAGUCAAAUAACAAAUAUAAAAUAAAAGAUACUUUUACGUGGAUAGCUCCAUUAUCACUUAAAGGAUCUAUUCGAUUUAAGUUUACAGUUGUGUUAAAUUUUCAACAUUUCUGGACUAAUGAAGAAACCGAUGAUAUUCCAGUAGCUAAACUUUCACCAGAAGAAUUUAACAUAAAAAACUCUAUUAAUCAUGAAUACUAUAUUUACAAAUUGUACACUAAAAAUUGUUUUAGUUAA